AUGGCCUGGGAUGGGAUUCGAGGUUGGGGGCUGGACGAUCGAAAAAGGGAACCUUUCUCACCAGCCUUCCGACGAUCUAUCAAACAGCUACUCCAUCUGACAAUACAACACGCCCGAAUCCCCCCAACCCCACAAAGCCACAGCCUCAAAGCCGGCCACGGGACGGUUGCCGAACACUCACAUCUGGGGCCCCAACGCCACCACCUCGCCCUUUCCCUCCACCGCCCGCACAAUUUCCCUCCCAGCCAACACAACUCAAACCCACAACCCCGGCCAGCAACCCACCCGACACCAUUCAUCACCGCCCCAUCCAACGCCGCCGCCGCCGCCGCCGAGCGCAAAGCCGCCGAAUACCUCCAAACCCAGAAACGCUGCCAAACGCCAGCGGGACGACGACCGCAGCGCCGACGCCACUCUCAGCACCGCCAACCGGCCCCUCACAACCGAGAACCGAGCCCUGACAGCCGACCUCCAAAGACUGGAAAAAAGCACAUGCCAAGAACUGCGCAAAAGGAAGCCAAGCGCACCAAAAGGCCCACGGGGACCACCCUCGUCAACGGCCCAAAAAGGGCCCGCUCGGAAAACGGAGCUGAAGGCGUGGAGGGGAAAGUACGGCGCGGUGGAGGGGCCGGCCGAAGAGCACGGCGCGGUUGGCGGAACGGCGGUCUCGAGCCCGGAAGGCGCAGAAUGGGAGCGCGGCGUCGAUGGGCCAGGGCGGGACGGAAGCUGAAGGAGAAACACCCGGGCGACAUCAAAGCUGAGGGAGACCCGAGCGGCGCCGACGCCGAGGAAAACGUGAACCUGAGCAGCGCGGCCGAAGCCAGAGCCGCCAGGUACGGGGACGAGAGGGACACGCUGCAUCGCAUGCUGCGGGAGGAGGUGGCCGGGAGCGGCGAGCUGGCGGAAGUCGUUGGUGCUGCGGGAUGCGAAACUGGCGGAGGCAUUGGAGGGCUGGGGGGAUGGAUGAUGGGGAGCUUCAGACUAGCAGACGAUUUGGCUACCUAG